AUGCACCCCAUGCAUAAAAUAGAAGUAGAGGAACAGAUCAUCGACAAGCUCGAGGAGAUCGACCAAACAUUCUCAUCGAUAAACAAGGUCCUAAAAGAAAUCAACCACAAGAUAGAACAGCUCUCGCACACCAAUACCAAGAUUUUGGAGCAUUCUCAGCCAUGGUUGAACUUCUUCAACAUUACUGGUGAGCAGCCGGUCACGGACAGCGUGGAGCACACCAAUGAGCUUACAAGCAGCGGUACCUACGAGCUACCAGCACACAAAUACGACGUGUCCGUUGAUGAUGCGCUGCAUUCUCUCAAUAUGGAGCAAUUGCCGGAGGCGUUUUCAAGCGAGCACGUGCAAAUGAUUUAUGGGUAUGUGGAGCAUAGGGGGCAGGUCGGAUUGAAUGAUGUCUAUGAGGCUUUUAAGGAUGUGGAGAUGGAGAGGAUGGAUAUUUUCAUUGAGAUGAUGAUACGUAAAAGGUUCUUGGGAUGUAGGGAUGGGGUGUUGUACACUAAGAGGAGGAGUGAUGGGCAUUAAGUGGUGUUACGUAAAUUGUAUAGGUGCAUGAGCUAGGGUAGAUGUGGGUAUGAGCAGAUGGUGGGUAUGAGCAGAUGUAGGUAUAAAAGUAGAGCAGAGGUAUAGGUAAGGAUAA